AUGGAGUUUGUUAGUCUCAGAUUCUUAGUCACAUACAUGAAGCAGCUUCAACCAGAGAUGCAAUGUAAGUUUCUGGAGUCGAGGGCAUUUACGUCUUUUGCACAUUACAAACAAGGCGCUUCUUAUUGUUUUCAUUUGCUAAAUUUCAGGUAUGAGCAUGCUGAAUUCAUAGAGAGAGAAAUGGAACAAAUGACCGAACAAAUAAAGCGGGAGAAGUUGAAGCAAGUGAUGGUAUGGGUAUGGCCCCACUGGAUGUGGUGGUUCGGAUCCUUAACAAUCAACUCAGUACAUUAA